AUGAAUUGUGACGAGUUUGGCGAUGGUCUAGAAAAUGACUGUGUCAUAAAUCGCGAAAAAGAUCCUGUAAAUUCAAAAGUAUUUGGUGUUAAUAGAAGAUCAAAUUUUUCAAGAAAAGAGAAAGGAAAUGAUGCUAGGUUAAAUGGAAAAAAUUCAAAUUAUCAAAAGAAAAAUAACAAUGACAGAAAAAAUGGAUAUGUGUCUUCAAUGUUCAGAAAUAACCCAGAAGUGCAAUUACCUGUGGCCAUACUUAAUAAACAAAUUGACAUUCAAGCUAGUAACAAAAAUAAGAAUUCAUUGUUUUCCACUUCAACAUAUAAGGAUUUAACCGAUCUACAUGCACAUAUGGUUGCAAAUUUGGAACAAACGUUAGGAGUGACAAAAUUGACAACAGUUCAAAGUCAAACAAUUCCAGUUUUACAAUCUGGUAAAGAUGCAAUGGUUCAAUCUGAGACGGGUAGUGGUAAAACAUUUGCGUACGCUGUUCCGCUUAUUGAGUCGUUACAUAAGAUUCGACCAAAACUAUCUCGAACUGAUGGCCUUAGGGCACUAAUUAUUUUGCCAACCAGAGAAUUAGCAUUACAGACCUAUGAAAAUUUUAUCAAGUUAUUAAAACCUUACACAUGGCUUGUACCUGGUAUGUUUACGGGUGGUGAAAAAAGAAAAUCUGAGAAGGCACGUAUGAGAAAAGGCAUCACAAUACUUAUAGGAACACCAGGACGAUUAUUGGACCAUGCACAGAAUACCAAGUCAAUAUCUUUUAAAUCACUUCAAUGGUUGAUAAUUGAUGAAGCUGAUAGAAUGCUGGAUCUCGGAUAUGAAAAAGAUAUUACAAGUAUUUUAUCUGUCGUUGAUGAACAUCGUGAUGAAUCUGUGCCUCGACAAACAGCCUUAUUAUCAGCAACUUUGUCUGAAGGAGUCCAGCGGCUUGCAGGAUUGUCAUUGAAAGAUCCUGUUUACAUUGAUGCGUCUUCAAUAGGGAAUACAGAUUCAGAAUGCAUGGCAAUACCAGAUAGUCUUUUACAAUAUUAUGUUUUAGCUCCUCCUAAAUUAAGACUAGUUACACUUUCUGGCGUUUUGUUACAAAAAUUACAAAAAGGUCAAAUUUCAAGCAAAACAUUAGUUUUUAUGGCCACUCAAGAUAUGGUUGACUUUUUAUCAGAAUUAUUAACCACUGUACUAACUUGUUACCAUGUUCAAACUCCAUGGUAA